CGUCUCGCGUGCGCUGGUCGCCUUCACCGAUUCUUGAGCGACCGUGAGCGAGAGGGUGAUACCAUGUCCCUGGAGGCGAUUCGCUACUCUCGGGGCUCGCUGGAGAUCCUCAACCAGCUGCUCCUGCCCCAGCACAGCCGCUACGAGGCAGUGGGCUCGGUGCGCCAGGCCUGGGAGGCCAUCCGCGCCAUGAAGGUGCGCGGCGCCCCGGCCAUCGCGCUCGUGGGCUGCCUCAGCCUCGCCGUGGAGCUGCAGGCGGGCGCGGGGGGACCGGGACUCGCCGCGCUGGUGGCUUUCGUGCGUGACGCGCUGGGCUUCCUGGUCACCGCCCGGCCCACCGCCGUCAACAUGGCCCGUGCUGCCCGCCACCUGGUCGAGACCGCAGCCCUGGAAGCUGAACGCGAGGGCGCCACGGAGGAGGCGGUCCGGGAGAGAGUGAUCCGCUGUGCCGAGGACAUGCUGGAGAAAGACCUCAAGGAUAAUCGGAGCAUCGGGGACCUAGGAGCCCGCCAUCUCCUGGAGCGGGCAGCUCCUGGGGGUGGCAGGGUGACCGUGCUGACCCACUGUAACACUGGCGCACUGGCCACUGCUGGCUAUGGCACAGCUCUGGGUGUGAUCCGCUCACUGCAUACCCUGGGCCGUCUGGAUCAUGCCUUCUGCACAGAGACCCGGCCCUACAACCAGGGAGCCCGGUUGACUGCCUUCGAGCUGGUGUAUGAGCAGAUCCCCGCUACCCUCAUUGCCGACAGCAUGGCAGCAGCAGCCAUGGCCCACCGGGGCGUGUCAGCUGUCGUCGUGGGAGCCGACCGGGUGGUUGCCAACGGUGACACGGCCAACAAGGUGGGCACCUACCAGCUGGCCAUCGCUGCCAAGCACCACGGCAUCCCCUUCUACGUGGCUGCCCCCAGCUCCUCGUGUGACCUCCAUCUGGAGUCGGGCAGGGAGAUCAUCAUUGAGGAGCGCCCGGGGCAGGAGCUGACUGAUGUCAACGGGGUCAGGAUUGCAGCCCCCGGCAUUGGGGUUUGGAAUCCUGCCUUCGAUGUCACCCCCCAUGAGCUCAUCACCGGUGGCAUCAUCACAGAGCUGGGGGUCUUCGCUCCUGAGGAGCUCCAGGCGGCCCUAAGUACCACCGUCUCCUGAGGGUAGGGACCCUAGAUGGACCCCAGAAGCAAUCAACGUCAUUCUCCAUAUCCUGCCCCCAUUCCCUUAGGUUUUAUAAUAAACUUAUUGAAUGGCUUGC